UCUUCACGAAAUCAUGAAGAACAUCAUCGUGACCGUUAUUCUACUCUCAGUUCUUUCGCAAACCCACGGCAUAGAUUGGUACACAUUCACGGAUAAAAUCUACGGAGGCAUUCAAAUCGGACUUUCUCAGCUGAACUCCGCCGCCGCGGAUUUGAACCGCACCAUCAACGAACAACAGGAUGUGGUGGUGAACAGCAUUGAAGAUGUGACCCGCUACAUAAACACUUCGCUGGCUGGUCUAUGGGCUCGCUAUCCUUCGUUCAACUUGACUACCGAUAAGCUGUAUGGCACAUCGUACUACACGUCUUACGUACGUGGUGUAUCGGAAGAAUAUCGACAAUCGGUUACAGCCAAUGUGAUGGUACCCGCCCAGGAGAUUGUGAGAAACAUUUUAAGCACCAUGGUCAAUUUCUACUCUUCGACAUUCAAUGCUUGCUCUGAGCAGAAAGCUAUGAGUUUGUCACAGACAAGCGCUUCCGUUGGUCGAUUGAAGGACUGUCUCUCAAUGGCAGAUCCUUUCGCCCGAGGGCUAGCAAGUACGACAAGAUCGCUAACGGAGUACGCCAAGGCGGGAGUGGACAUUGUCAUCAAACAGCUGAAGGUUUGCUCCCCGAAUUCAAGAAACUGUAUCAAUAAGUUCUUCACUGACUUGCCAAAUCAACUUAACAAUAUUAUAGCAACCAUCCCCAAUUUGAGUAACCUACCCUACGCAUUUAUAAAUCCAGGUGUAUCGAUGAACCAAGAGUGUGUUAAGUUAAUAUCGUCAGAUGUUCAAGAUAUUAUCCAAAAUAUUGCGGAUCAAAUGAGUGCGUGUCGUUGACCCGUAAUAGGUCGGCCACAAAUCAUUGCGGUAAUAAACUUUUUCUGAUAGUCUA